GGCGUGGCGGAGGGAGGGCUGGCAGGGGCCUCCUGCCGCCGCUGGAGGAAGGCGCUUCGCCUCGGUCCUUUUUUAAAGCAUGAGCGAUUUAGGGCUCGUGGGCGGCGCACGGGGCGCGGGUGCCGGGCUUGUGGCUGCGCCGAGGGGGAGAGCCCGGAGCCGGGGCAGGGAGGGGUCGGUGCCCUUCUCCCCAGCAGGCCGGCCUCUCCCGGCCCGCUGGAGGUGUGGAAGGGCUGGCGAUGCCGCCUAACGGGGGUGGUGGCCGGCGUGGCCGCCCGGCCGGAGCGGUGCUGCCGGCGCCGGGGCUCCCUGCGCGCCCGGGAAUCGCGGAGGCCUCGCUGAGCAACCCGGGGCCGUGGGGGAACCGGCUUUGUUGACCCAAGGCAUCCCUUCAUAACCACAUUGUUGACUUCUGGAGACUUCUGCAGAACAGAAGGGAACAGUCUGGAAGCAAAGAUGAUCUCCUUCAAGCAACUGCCCAUUGAAGCCAAGGCUGCAGUGGCUGCAGGAGUGGUUUUCUUCUCCAUGAUGCUAUCACGGAGUUACCUGGCGGAAAAACUUGAUUUCAGGACACGGCGCUGGCUUCUAAGGCUGCAAAUGGCACUAUUUGCUAAUACACUCAUGUUGAUGGGAUCUCUUCAUGUUUGGAGAAGCACAGUCACCACGUUCACCAGGUCUUCAGCUGCCAGCUCCUUCUGUUUCAUGCUGUGGAAAUUAGCUGUGUUCAUGUUUCUAGCUUUGGCUCAUUCAAGCUUCUUUACAUUGCUAUUUCUUGUUGCAGAAGAGCCCUAUUUCUUUUCUUUAGCUGCCUACACUUGCUUGGGGGCCUAUAUUAUUCUGAUCUUUUUCCUCUUCACUCUAGGCACUGUAGAGCAGGCUUACAAGCUCUUGGCUGGGAGAGGCGCUAAGGCAGGCACUGGCAACAAGAACAGAACAGCACUGAAACCAGUUCUGGCAGUCUUGCUGACUGUUGUGCUGACUGUUGUUGGGCUGUUAAAUGCUUCCCAGCCCCCUACGGUGAAUUCAGUGGAGAUUCCAGUUCACAAGCUGCCCUCAACAAUGAACAACCUGAAAGUGGUGUUGCUUUCAGAUAUCCAUCUGGGGCCUACAGUUGGGAAGACCAAGCUUGCCAUGAUAGUGAGAAUGGUUAAGGCUUUAAAACCAGAUAUCACCGUGAUUGUUGGGGAUCUAUCUGAUGCUGAGGCAAAGAUCAUACGACCUGCUGUUGAGCCUCUUGGAGAACUUGAUUCCCCUUUGGGCACUUACUUUGUGACAGGAAACCAUGAGUACUACACCUCAGAUGUUAGCAACUGGUUUGAGCUGUUAAAAUCAUUUAACAUUCAGCCAUUGCAUAACGAGAACGUGAAGAUUGUUUCACCAAAGAGCACUUCUGACUGGUUCUGCCUGGCUGGUGUGGAUGAUAUUGAAGCAGAUGUGUUGCGCUAUUCGGGACAUGGCAUGGAUUUGAAAAAAGCUCUCAGAGGUUGUAGCAGUGAGCAUGCAAUAGUGCUCUUAGCUCAUCAGCCAAUUGCUGCAAAGUGGGCCCUUCAGGAGAGACCAGACAUAAAUUUAAUUCUCUCUGGCCAUACUCAUGGAGGGCAGAUUUUCCCUCUAAAUGCUGGAGCUUAUCUUCUGAAUCCAUUCUUUGUUGGCUUGUACCAAGUUGGGCAGAAUACCUUCGUCUACGUCAGCCCGGGGACGAUGUACUAUGGAAUACCCAUGAGGCUGGGCAGCAGAGCUGAAAUAACAGAGAUUAUUCUACGUUCUCCUUGAGGAGUUUUCCGUUUGACAGACUUCUAAUUGUUUUUUGUUUUUUUUUUUGGCCAGUAUAUUGGCUCUUCUACUAUGAAAGCAAAUCCUUUUUCAGGGAAGCCAGAGAAGAUGUGUUGGGCUGAACUUCAGCAGGUUCUGUUAAGUUUGAGCAGAAAACACUAACUGUAUCUUGGGCCUAUGAAACAAAUUUGGGACAUGUUAAAUUACAAGUAAUUACGUCUUUGAGUUCAUUAUUGUUGAGGUUCUGCAUUUAAUGAUAACACUGAUGUCACAGAGAUAAUGUGUCCUGUGCAUGUUUAGUAAUACCUGUGUCCUGCAGCUACUUCAUGUUCCACUGUUUGGUAUCCAUCAGGCAGCUGCCUUAUCACAUCUCAGGCAGAUGAAGUUCUGAGCUUGUGCAGUGAAGUCAAUAUGCAUGCUUUGCAGAAAGGCCUGCAAGUGUGUGCACUGAGUAUGUAAACUCUAGGAGGCUUGGGAAAGGAAGAGUUUAAUAGUUCAGGGUUUGUUUUUUUUUUUUAAUUGAGGCUGGAUAUUUUCAUCCUGCUAACUGUCUGCAGCAUGCACCAGGGCUUCAAGUCUGUGCUUACUAGUACUAUAAGUUGCCAGGCAUCAGUUCUGAAAUUCAGUUUUGUCCAGUUAAAAAAGUUGGUGAGACUGACACUAAAAGGUGAAAGUAGCUGUCUUUCUCAGGCAUUUUUCCCAGAAUAGCUGGGCAUCAAGUAAUUGUUUACUGAAAAUAGCUAUAAUAAAAGCAAAUGAGGAAUAUUCCAAAAUUAACAUCUGUUGCUGUCUGAGCAUACAGUACCUCCUUAUAUAAGGCCCUAAUUCCAAAGCUGAAAUACUCAGUGUCUUUUGUCUUCAUUUUGUAUUUUUUUCUUUAUGCCUAAUUUCUCCUCCAUUAUUUUUCUCUUGCAAGAGCAAGUAGAUGCUAUUUGAAAACAAUGCAAAUGAGUUAAUGCUUGAAAUUUGUUAAAGGCUUUAAUAUUUAAGUAAAUUAUAUCCUCUUUUAAUGAGACUAAAUUCUGCAGCAGGUGACUUUCCCUAAGAACGUUUGCAUGUCAGUGUCCUGGUUGUCUGAUGGGCACAUAGGAGAGUAACUGCUACAGGAUAAUGAGGGAUGGAGGAUUUCUUCCCAUCUUUCAUAGAAAAGCUUGUCAUAAAUUAACAUAAUUAUGGGAAAUUUGAGGUAUUAGAGAAUAAUUGAUACGAACAUUCUUGUUUCUAUAUCUUUGUGUUCACGUAAGAAAGCCAGGAUAUAAAACAAUGUGUGACUUUUGUCCAGGCUAAUGAAAUACUUUACUUCUGUGCAUCUUCUCUCCCCUUCUCUCCCACCUCAUUGUUGCUGCAUGAAACACCACAAACUAUUAGAGCCAGGGAAUUCUGCCUCUGUAGUCUGCAGCUGUAGCCGCAGGGUUUGCCUUGCUCUGCCUUUCUGGCCACCAGUGCCCGUGUUUCCCUCAGGCAGACCCGCAGCAUGGGACAAAAGAGAGUGGUUCUUAUCCAGGAAACUGAGGAUGGAAGACCAGAGCUGUGGUGUUCAGUCUUUUCCUGCCUUCCUGUGUGAUCCUGAACCAAACAACCAUAUACACUUGGUUCCAUUCUUCAGCUUCUGUUCUCAUGUUGAAGGAGAUAAGUAGGGUUGUGUUUGAGAAGUACUGUAGGCUUUGUAAAGUGUAGGGGUUUUGUAAAUUAAAUUUUCAGGUUCAUCCACUCUGAACAUCUCCCAGGCAGAGCUUCUAAUUCCUAUGCUAGGUUUUGUAUCCUACUCCUCUGUACAAACAUCUUACAUUUUUACUGAGGAAUAAUGAGAAAUACUCUAAAUGUGUCACAAAGGUUAGUGGAAUUGGUGGAGAAGGCAGUCCUCUUCUGAAAGACUGAAUACCUUACCAGCCAUGCUCUCUGCUUGCCAGAUUAGAUAAUUUCUAUUUCCCACCAUUUAUAAUUUUGUAAACUUUUUUUUAUGAUUGUGUGAUAAUAUCUGCUUAAGUAUACUAAAGUAUCCAUGUGUAUUCAACACUGCCCACUGUCCGUGUGGGAUCCAUCUGAGGCUUUUUGCAGUUGGUGGCAUAGUGUCACAUGGGGAAGGAGUAAGGAAGGAGUUUUGAUUGCCUGUAACCCUCUGGUUACUUGUCAGCUCGCCUUCAGUUAAGAGCUGUGUUCUGGGUUUAGUGGUGCAGAGUAUUCUCACCUGGCCAGUAGUCCAGGAGGAUUUUUACACUUGUUGCACUGAAUGUUCUUACCGUGUUAAGAAGGCUAAUUGUUAAGCCAGUUUCCUCAACAGGAGGCAUUUGUGGGACUGAUUUUAGAUCGUGUCAGUUUCUCAUUGAGUUGCUAGUAUUAUUUACAUUUUUUUUCCUGCCCUUUUUAUAUCUCUCUUCAUUCUGAUCAAGUGUCUGCAAAAACAUCGCUGAAGGGGUCCUUCCAUCCCAGAAUUUCUUCAUUACUUUGUAUGUGCCUCUCUUGGAAGAUAAUUAUGUAUCCUUCCAGAAGCAGAUAUGCAUCGUUUUAGGAGUGGUCAUAUUGUCAUUUCAUACAUUUGUUGAGUUCUCCUGAUGUAACUUAGUUCUUGCACCUUUUUUUGUAUCUCUCCCUCUGAAAGGUUGUUUGCUGGUGAUUACUUCAUACUUAAAAUGCUUUCUUUCUGUGCCAAAAGACUUCAAAGCCUUUUCUUAUUUUGCUUUUUAAUUAUGAAUGGAAAGUAUCCUAGAUCAACUUUCUGUUUGAUAAAAGGAAUGAACCGUUUCUGUAAUCUCUCUAAUCAGCAGUCUCUAUCUGUCCCUCAAGGUUCUUUCUAUACUUUUUCCAGUUUGAUUUGAAUGUACUCAACGCAGACCUGUGUUCAGUAUUUCAGAUGAAGAAAAAUUGCUGUGCUCCUUAUUUUUUAAUUUUUAAAUUUGUUUUUGUAAAUUUUAUGUGUGUGUGUAAUGUAUUUAAUCUGGAGAACUUAACUAAAUGAACAUAUAUAUUUUGUCCUAUAAAAGGCCAGUUCAUUGGGGGCUGAGGAGAAGUUAAUUAAUGUCAGAAUUAAUAGCAGAAUAUAAUAGUAUUGUCACUUUGUGAAAAUUAUAUUUAUUAUAUAAUUACUAUAGAAUGGAUUGGAAAAUAUGUAAAUUGUGGUAUAACAAAUGCUUUAAAUGUUGGGAUUUAAUAAAACU